AACAUACUGUUCAAAAGAAUUGCUGACAUAGACCCAUUUUGUUUUGAACUUGAGACUACGCAGUGUUGAAUAACUGGUCUUCAGUUGCUGCAAAUUUCUUAAAUCCGCAGGCUGUGCAGAAAAACUGAUGGAGAGGGUUAUACGUAAUAGCUGUGAUCCAAUUGUACUGACUUCCAGACACCCAAGAUCAUCCCUGACUGUUGUCAUACAGCUUGUUCAGGACUGUGGAUCACUACUGUCCUGUGCCAUCAAUGCUGCCUGCAUGGCUAUGGUUGAUGCUGGUUUCCCAAUGAAGUGUCUGGUUUGUUCUGUGUCUUGUACUUUGAGUGAAAAUGGAGACAUCCAAUUGGAUCCUACUCUGGAACAAGAAAAGUCAGCCUCAGCGGUGAUGACCUUUGCUUUUGAUAGUGUCAAUAAAAAUGUGAUGACAUCCUCCACAACAGGCAGUUUUACAGUACAAGAGUAUGAGAAGUGCUUAGAAGCAUGUCGGAGUGCUGCUACCAAACUUUUUGACUUCUUCAGGCUGUCUGUCGAAAGAAAGCUUUCCAAGGAUGCAAAGUUCAUGGACAUAAACAUUGCCUAAUUUAAACAUCAUGGCAUCAAGCAAGGUUUGCAGUUGACAAACUACACAGGACCAACUCAUGUGUUACUUGAGCUGGGUAUGGUAUGCUGGUUAACUCUGUAUUUUACAAAUCACAGCUCACUGCUUUCUUGUGAUUCAAGUGCUCAGUGAUCAUGUUAAUCCAAAGGAUUCGUAUCUAAGGGCAAGAAGAUUAUGGCCAACUUCCACUAACAAGAAAUGAACAAUAACAAGUGAUGGCCAAUGAUGUGGUUUGCUGUAAAGAUCAGCGAUGCCGUCCUUUUGAAACAAUUCAGUGAUAUAGUAAUAAUAUGGUUGGUAAUUCAGACAAACAGGACAAAAAAAUCAGGAAUGUCUAAGUUCGCAACGCAAGUUUUUCAUUACAUCGGGACAUUCAGCUUUCAACUCAUGAUCAGGAUACCACGUGUUACCAUUCAUGCCGGUGAUGGACUGCUUGGAGCAGUCAUUUGACUUCUCCUUAAAGGGAAGAGCUGGUUUUGUAGCUACCUUGUGAUGGUGGUAAAGUGCAAUCUGUACUGAUGACCUGUCAUACAUUGGAGCAGGAGAAGGGGGCUGGAAGGCCCAGUGAUGAAAUUUGUGAGGAGAGGGGUUGGAGAGAGAGAGAGAAAGGGCUGAAGGGAAGGGAGAGUAGAAAAACUGGGAAGUUUCGGGCUGUGGAAAAUAAUACAAAUAUACAAUUGGCUAAAUUUAGUCUGAAAGCAAAUAUUGAGAAGUGAUCUCUGUGUGUAUUGCAAAACAAAGUAAGAAAGAGCUACUUUUAUUAGUACAUAAUAAAAAUGAAAAAGAAAAUGUAUAUUUGAUAGUUUUUGAGAGAUUUCAAUGGCAGUGUAUUUCUAACAAGGGAAUUAGCGUCAGACAAAGAGGUCAUACAAACCAUUGACCUGGACUUGAGGAGUCGGCAUUGUAAGGCAUAUCACAUUGCGGUUGACUUGCUAGGGAAUCACACAUUUAAUCUUUCUUGAGCAAACAAGUCGUUCUUUAUUUAUUUUUAUAAGUAAAAAUGCACUGAAACUUGCUGAAGCUUCUCAUUGCUAUUUAUUUUAUUAACAAUGGUUCAGGAACAGUAUAUAAAUAUUUUGUUAACAUUCCAGUGACUUGCUCUUAUUAACUGUUAAUUUUAUUAGCAAUUUCAUUUAGCUGACUUUAUGUACACAGCAGGUUUUACAGCAAUAAAUAUGCAUCUUUA